CUAUUUGUUAUCAAACUACGCUUUUCAUUAAUUGCAUUUUCUUCUUUAUUACUACUAUUUAACAAGUACCUAUUGUAUAUUCUCUUGAUAAGCCAAUCAUGUUACAAAGAGCUUUAAAUCAAAUUAGAUUUUGUCAACAUAUUUCCAGAUCCUGUAUAUUAUCACAAAGACUCAUGGCUUCAUCUAGUGGAAGUGAGAAAUUUGGCUUGCCAAAAAGAUAUCAAGAAGCAACAGAAAGUGUCUGGGUUGAAUAUGUAGCACUUGCUUUGAAGUACAAGCCUCUUAAUUUAGGACAAGGUUUUCCUGAUUAUCCACCUCCUUCUUACGUUACUAAGGCUUUAUCGGAUGUUGCGAACGGAGAUCACUUGUUGAAUCAAUACACUCGAGGAUUUGGACAUCCACGUCUUGUUCAAGCACUAUCUAAAGCUUAUUCUCAGUGGAUAGGUCGACAAAUUGAUCCAAAUAAUGAAAUCCUCGUGACUGUUGGUGCUUAUCAAUCAUUGUAUAAUGCAAUCUAUGGACAUAUCGAUCACGGAGAUGAAGCCAUCAUCAUUGAGCCAUUCUAUGAUUGCUAUUAUGACAUGAUCAAGUCUGCUGGCGGAGUUGUUCGAGCAAUUCCAUUGAAGCCAACAAAGUCUGGAAUCAUUAGUUCCGCUGAUUGGAAGUUGGAUCCAAUAGAGUUUGAGAAACUUUUUAACAAUAAGACUAAGAUGUUGAUAUUAAAUACUCCUCAUAACCCAUUGGGCAAGGUCUUUAAUUUAGACGAAUUGACAAUGAUUGCUGAUUUGUGUAAGAAGUGGAAUGUCUUAGUGAUUGCUGACGAAGUCUAUGAACAUAUGGUGUUUGAACCAAAUCAACAUAUUCGAAUUUGUACACUUCCUGACAUGUGGGAACGAACAUUAACGAUUGGAAGUGCCGGGAAAACGUUUAGUGCAACAGGCUGGAAAUUAGGAUGGACGUAUGGACCAAACAAUCUCAUUAGAAACAUGCAACUCGUUCAUCAAAACUCAGUCUAUACAUGCGCAACACCUUUACAGGAAGCAGCAGCAAUUGGAUUUGAGUAUGAAUUAUCGAGAUUUAAUGAAAGUGAUUCGUUCUUUAAAUCAUUAGCCGUUGAACUGAAAGAUAAACGUGACUUUAUGGCUACAUUCUUGACACAAACUGGAUAUCAGCCAGUGAUUCCAGAAGCAGGUUACUUCAUGAUUGCUGACUGGAGCCAUCUUAAAGAUAAAGUUGAUUUAAGCAGCGAAACUGACGAAUAUAAGGAUUAUCGUUUCACAAAGUAUAUGACUAAGAAUGUCUCUCUUCAAGGUAUUCCACCGUCUGCAUUUUAUACAAAGGCAAAUAAGCAUCUUGGAGAGAAUUUUGUGAGAUAUUGUUACAUUAAGAAAGACGAGACAUUGCAAAAGGCUGCCGAUAUUUUAAAUAAAUGGUACAAUAACUAGUGAUAAUGGUUUAUGUGAAUUCCGGCGUAAAAAUUUUAUGGAUAUGACAUAAACUAAGAACACAACAAAUAAAAUUUCUAUUUUUAUCCCCAACGUCACUGUAAAUUUUACGACACUGAUGGAAUUAAAAAAAGGCUUAAUUAUAUGCAUUUAAAUCCAUUAUUUCUAAUUAAGCACUAAUUCUUUUUUUAUUUUCCAAUUUGAAGUGCUGUCCUUGUUACAAACGAAAAAAAUAUAUGAAGUUACAUAAUAACUGUGUGUUCUCUUUUUUUCACUUCUCUCAUUCAGAAUGUUAAUAAUUUUAUUAAUAUAUCUCACAAGUUAUCGUCCACCCUAUUUCGUUCCCUGAAUGUUGAAGAUGAAUGCGUUUACAUUUCAAACACUGACUUGAGAGCAAGUUCUGGCUGAUCAUAUCCCAAUUCUUCUGGAGUUUCAACGCCUAAUUCAGUGAGUGUUGGACGAAUUUCUUGGACCAUCCAUGGCCAAAUUGUGUUUACGUGUGGUCCGCAUGAAUCCUUAACUCCCUCGAGCCAUCUGAUUGCAAGAGCAUAAUCGUUAAGGCGACGACAAGCCUUUAAACCAGCAGAAACAAUUUUUGGCUCUGGAACUAAAUCCAUACCGAGUAAGUCAUUCAUUGCCUUUCUUGCUUCCCAAGCAUCAAUGUCUGCACGAUUGAAAUAGGCUUCGUAACGAGCAUCGAACUCAACAUCUGUCUCGGUUGAGUGUGAUGAAUUACGAACGGAUUGAACGCCUGCGAUUCUUGUGACUCCAAAUGAUCCACGAAUAACCUGUGAUAAUUGACCUGCUGCGGCUCUCAACAUUUUUAUAGCUUAAUUCGAUACUUAAACACACAGGAAUAAAGUUAAUUUAGAUGGAUUUCCAAACAAUUUUCGAUUGUGAAAAGUUUGGUUUCGUAACUUUUGAGAAAGAUCGAUAAUGAAUUGUCUACAAAAUAUGUCUACAAUGUGUCUACAAACACAUACAUUCAC